AUGGGACUGGGGCAGGCGCUGGCGGCCGCGGCCAUGUGCGCCGCGGUGCUGGGCUGCGCGGGAGCGUCCCGGCUGCUGAGCGGACAGACAGUUUGCCGGGGUGGAACUCAGCGACCGUGCUACAAAAUCAUUUAUUUUCAUGAUGCUUUGCGCAGAAUCAGCUUUGAAGAAGCACACCAGGCAUGCAGAAUAGAUGGUGGACAUUUAGUCAGUAUUGAAUCAGAAUCAGAACAGAGACUGAUUGAAAAAUUGAUUGAGAGUCUCUUGGCUUCAGAUGGAGAUUUUUGGAUAGGACUUAGGAGAAAAGAGGAAGACGUGGACAAUAGCACAGAAUGUCAGGGCCUGUAUUCAUGGUCUGAUGGCAGUACAUCCAAAUUUCGGAAUUGGUAUACAGAUGAGCCUUCCUGCGGGAGAGAGAUCUGCGUUGUGAUGUACCACCAGCCCUCUGCCCCGGCAGGUGUUGGAGGUUCCUAUAUGUUUCAGUGGAAUGAUGACAGAUGCAACAUGAAAAAUAACUUCAUUUGCAAAUAUUCUCUUGAAAAACCAACUGCUGCUUCAGAAGAGAACUCACAAGUGGAUGUUGUCACAGGGUCCUUGAAGCCAGCAUUCCCCGAAGAACGCAUUAAGGAAGAUGCCAAUGAAACCCUUAAAGAACCCAGAGAACCUGUUUUGAGUCUUGUCUACAUCUUAAUUCCCAGCAUCCCUCUGCUCCUUCUCCUGAUGGUCAUUACAGCCAUCUUCUGUUUUUGGCUUUUUGCAAAGAGGAAACGAGAGCACAUGGAGACGAGUCCAAAGGAGCAAGAUGCCUGGAUCUCCCCCCACAGGAAGAACAGUUCCAAUCUGGAGAUUUACAAUGUAAUUAAAAAACAAAUGGAGGCAGAUUUGGCUGGGACCAGGCCAGAUAUUAAGAAUUCUUCCUUCCGCACCCCUUCCGGAGACCACACGUCUGACAACUUCUCCGGAGAUUAUGACAACGUGGCUGUGAAUACUUCAGAGAGCGGUUUUGUGGCAUUGACUAGUACUGAAAGUGGCUUUGUGACCAAUGAGAUCUAUGAGCUGUGCAAUGAUCAGACAGGACAAAGCAAGGAGUCGGCCUGGGUGGAAAACGAAAUAUAUGGAUAUUAAGGAAACUAGAAACACUUGGAUGUGGGUGACAUAGCAUAUAAAAACACAAGUAGUCCCCCACACAUCAUAUUAACAGUGAAUGCAAAAAUGGUGUGUGUCGCAGUGCAUAGUGGUUUCAGAUCAUCUCUGUGCUCAUUCAUUUUUUUAAAGGUUAUCUUAUUUUAAACAGUUAAACACAACAGAUUGUAUUUAGCUUGCCUUGCUUCAAACCGCUGUUCAAUACUGGGAAUGAUCUGUCUUGGUCUUGGUCCUUUUUUUCUUUGGAACUACAAUAUUUCCUGAGCUCCAGACAUGAAAAUAUUUCUACAUCUUUGCAACUAAAAAUCAGUCCAACUUCCAAAUUCUUUCAUUUUGUUGAUGGACCUCAUCCACAUGGAUGUUUUUAAGUCGUACGCCGGUCAUCCUUGCUUUCUCCUAGCUGCACCGGAGAAUGGUGACAGGUUGGUCAUUUGUUUCCAUCUCAAACCAUGUUUUAGUUGCAUGGAUUCCCUCACCAGCUGGUUUGUAGUGUUGCCAGUCAGGCAUUUCAUUAGGGAUUGGCAAUGUAGCUCAUAGUCCUUUCCCUCCUUCUUAGUCCCACUAGCGAUGCAGUUUCUCAGAGAUUUUAAAUGAUCUCAUUUAUUUAUUUAAUAAUUUUUAUUAAAAGAACCAAAUAGACAAACGAUUUCAGAAAUCUCAGCAGUUGUGUUGGUGGUGUAUGUCUGAUUGUUUUGCCUCACUUAUUCUCCUAGCAAGAGAAUGACGAAGCAGUGACAUAAGCAGCAUCUUCUCAGUGUUGUGUAGGAGGGAAAGGGCCAUUGCAAAGCAUUUUUAAAUAGCCUCAGAAGUUGCUGCAAUCUGAUGGGCUUCUGUGUUGGUUUUGCUAUCCAGUUAUGCUAAUAUGCCUCAGUGGCAAAUUAAACACUGGUUACUUUAUUACAGAGUAAAUAGCCAGUUACUGACUGAUGGAUUGUAGAUUUUUUUUCCCCCUCUCAUGCUCGUGAGCUGUACUGUAUGAAGAUUGAUAAAAUAUCUCUUCUCACUGCAUAAUGAUGACAUGUUGCUAAUCUCAGCAUGGAUGGGAUUACUAAAAAAGCACAUUUACUAAAGUUUCUAAGCAGCUAGGAGAAGUGCAGAGUACACCCAAGCGAUGGAGAUGCUAUGAGGGAACCUGCCAAACGUCUACGCAAGUGACCCUCCGCUGGAGUUUGUAUCUAAAUUCCCCAAGAACCCACAAGUAUUUAGAUUGGAGCAACAGCGUGAUUGUAAGGGAUGUACCGACAGCUCUGUGGCUGAAUUAAGUUCCUGCGUUAGCGACUAGUGAAUGCAUUAAGAUUACAAUUAAUUUUUUGAACUGUUGAUACAUAAGUGUGAGGCUUUUGUUAUCAUGUGAAGCCUAAGACAUGGGCUGUGAGAUGAACUGAAUCUGUCUUAGUUAACAACUGCCAUGUUGUUAAAGCCUUUUGAAGCACAGUACGAGAUUUAAGACAGCCCUCCGAUCAAAGAAUCGGGAUUAUAUAUUGGAAAUGAAGGUAGGCGUCUUUCUUGCCCCUUCUCUCCAGCAUUUUAGCCCAUUUAGUCUCUCUUCUCCCUGAGAGAAUGUCAGAUAUUGCCUUGAGCCACCUGAAAUGAGUUUGAACACCACAAAGUCUUUCCUAGAAAAAACCAAAACCAAGAUGGACAAUGUGCAAACUGUGGAUCUGCCAGUGGGCGAGUAUUCUUUGAGAACUGGCUGCCUGUGACUUUGUACUUUAAUACUGCCGAAAAGCCCCUUGUCAUGCAUCGAAAGGGCAUUUGAGGGAUUGUAAUGAGGAAGCUAUAAAUCAAAAAGUGACCAAGGAAGUAUUCUCGUUUCCUGUGUAUCUGACAAUUGACACAGUUAAAUCUGACUUACUCCAUAAUGGCAAUAAGCUAGUUUCAGUCCUGAUGCAAGUUCUGCUACGCAAGUGUGAGCUGUGUGGCUCAAAGCUUGUCUCUCUCACCAGCAGAUAUUGUCCCAAUAAAAGAUAUUACCUCACCCACCUUUGGUAAGCCAAGAGAGAGGCAUUUUCCAAACACAAGCUAAUGUAUCCCAACGAAGCUUUACCAUGCUAAACCAUCCCAUACAGCAAGCCUAGCUGUAUCUGUUCUGGGAUGCUGAGCAAGAGAUGGCGGGGAGGAGUGGAAUCAGAAUCUGAACUCAGGAGAGAGCAGCACUGAUGACUUGGGGUUUACUAUUAACUUGAUGAUCAUUAGAGCUUUCUAAUGCCUGUGUUUUGCUUGUUUGUAUACAGUCCUUUGAAUUUUUGGAUUAUGGUAAUCACGGCUUCGUGUGCUCCAGGGGAAGCUUGAUAUAAAUAUGUGGCAAGGUUUCUACACUGUUCAGUGCAGCAGACUGGAGUCUGGUGUCAGCUUCAGAUAAGUGUAAAAAUGGAGAUUCAUAUUUAACUAGGUACAAAAAUGAAUACACUCAUGGCAGGUUUCCCUUAGCUUUUGAAUAUUAGAUGCCAUUUAUUUCGUGGUCUAUAUGAUACAGAAUGUGUGGUGGGGGUUUUGGUUUUUGUAUUUGUUUUAAAUGCCUGGCUAAUCUUUUUGAGCUGACAGGGGGAAGCUGGAGGUUAUUGCAGCUGCAUAGGCAUUUAGGAAGGUGUGGGAGGAAGCUUGCGUUUGUGAGAUAAACGCGCUAACUGGAUGCAAAAAUGAGGCUCAUCUGUGAAAUAUAUUAAUGUGGACUCUGAAAUUUGCAUCAUUAACAUACAAGUUUAACACCCCGUUGAAGUGAAUUGAGGGACAGUUCACUCCUAAGCUUUUGCUUCAGGCUGUCUGCAAAUUCAGGCAGAUAACCUUGCAUUGGUUUGCAUUUGGUUAACAUUUGGAAAGUUUUGGACACUUCCCUAAGAGCGUGAGACGUUCUUUUUUAAGUGUAUGUUUGAGUUGUGGCUCACAAUUUUGCAGCAAGGGGUGGAUUUUGAGGUAAAUUCUGUGGUUGUGGAAGGAGGUGGUGUGGUCUUGACAAAUAGCAAUGUGUCUUCUGAGACCUUCUUUACAGAAUUCUUGUACCUGUUUCGUCCUGCCAAUAACACUUCUGCUGUGAAUAUGUUCAUUGGGUUGGAUUCUGAAAUGUAUAGCAGCCUGCUGGGAACUAUUAUGUCCAUUCUUUUCCAAGUUUAUCCAGAGAGCUGACUGCACCAGUCUGGGAUUAGACAGUUGUGAUCUAUCUGUUCCUGCAUGCUCUGAUAUCCCGUCAUGGAAGGUUAACAUGCUUGUUUUUAUGUUCUCAUGUUGAAUGUGUCCAGUUCCUGAGAGAUCCCACAGCAUUUUGUAUUGUCUACACUUAUACUACUUUCAGUCUGAUUCUGGAGUUGCACGUAUCAUCUGACAGUGUACUGGGAGUGUUGAAUAGCAGAGUGCAAGAUACUUGGUGUCUAUUUUAGAGGAGAGGAGGAAUGGUCCAGUGUUUAAGACACUAUCCUGGGACUUGAGACACCUGGGUUCAGUUCUGUACUCUGCCACAGUCUGACCUUGAGCAUGUUACUCAGCUUCUGUCUCUCUCCAUUCCCCAUAUGUAUAAUGGGGAUAAUAGCACUGCCCUACCUCACAGGGGUGUUGUGAGGAUAAAUACAUUAAAGAUUAUGAGAUGCUCAGAAACGAUGGUAAUGGGGGCCAGAUAAUUACUUAAUAUUUUAAUUCUCUUGUCCACACAGACCUUUGGAACAUCGUGGAAGCUUAUUGAAGAUAAGCUCUUACAUAAGGAUUCGGAAGAGUAUUUGACUGAAUAUGUGGUUUGGUUGAGCAAUUUUGCUGGUACAGGAAGCGAUGCUGCUUAUUUACUUGGCUCUUGUUCGUCCUUUUGAAAAUUGAAUUUAAAAAAAUGGUAAAUGCCAUUAAAGCCAAGGCCUGCCAUUCUAUACUGGUGGUAAUAAUAUCACCUAGCUCUCAUACAGCACUUGCCAUCCAUAGAUUUCAGUGUAAAGUCUGCAUCAGUGUCCUGCUCUCUGCCAGAGGAGCUUUGCUUAAUCAAGUUCCUGACUUCUAAACACAGAAAAAUCUGGACUAUAGAGCAGACAGGAAGUACCACUCACCAUAAUCCACAAAGUGCUGGCCAGUGGAUGUAGUUACGCUCUAGUCUAAAAUAGAGUUCCAGCCUGCCCUUUUCAGUGUCUCUUAGGUAAGAGCUAUUUAAUAGUCUGUACUUGCCAAGGGUUUCCCUGCAACUGUUGUUGAUUUCUCAGAGGAGCUUUCCUAAUUAAGAGUCUGCACCAGUGUCCCAGGGAGAGGCUUCCAUUGGUCUGGUGAGAUUCAGUAAUUAAAAAAAAAACGUUUUUUAUAUGUGUACACCAUGCUCUGCAGUAGAUGCAAUGUGCCAGUCAAAUGCCAGUUUCCUGGCUUGGAAGAGCUUUAUCUAAAGGCAUAUUGACUAUAAUACAGAACUGUACAAAACAAGUAGGAUAGAGCAGCACAGAGGCCAUUGUGUGAUCACGAAAGCCAAAACACUUCCAAAUAAUUUCACAUAAUUGGGAAAACCACGCCUGCCUUAAACUCUGCUUCCCUUAAGAAGCCUCUAAGGAGCUUCUAGUCUUCAGGUAAUUGAUCCACCUGUUUUCUCUCCCAACUAGAAAUCAGGCAGGGGAGGGAGAGUGACACCGUGAGUGAAACAAGUCAGGAAGAGAGGUAGAUACGGGCAUAUACUGCUCCACGGGUGAGUCUCUCUGGCUAUAAGAGGAAAUCUAAAUAAUUCAUUGGCUACAUUCUGCAGCCAAACAAGACUGGCUGAAGCAUCAGAAAUGUCAGUAGCUACUGCCAGAGUUAAUGCAACUUUUAUUUUUUCUGUUGCACUUAAAAAAAAAAAUCAUGAGAUUGAAGCAAAACCAGUUUGCAGAAGCCACCAGGAAGCAAAGAUGCAUCAAAGGCUUUGGCAGAAGGUGUUUAUAUGGGAGUGAAACAACAACAGAAGUGAGUGCAGGACGUUGCUGUGAGUUGAAUCUGCCAAUAUAAACAUUCAGGGAGCCAGUUCUGGAGCUGUAUGCCACCCAUCAUAUUCAUUGCAAACAUUAAAAUAUUUGUAAGUUGCUAUAGCUGUUUCUGUCUCUUCAUAAGUAUUACAGGUUGGGUUGAUAGAGACAGAGGGCCUGUCUUGGAUACUUGGCAGUCUGGGAGAGUGGCUACCAAACAGGAUUCGGUGGCCUGUCACUGACUUUAGUGGUGCAAGUUCAAGCCCCUGAGAGCUGUCCUUGCCAGAAAAGGGCCACUGCCUACCAAGGAAAUGAGAACCUGCCAGCUGGUUACCAGUGGGGAUGAUGCUAGGCAAUAGCUGCUGAUUGGCACUAGAAAAGGGGUAUCCACUGACUGGUGCUGGCUAACUUCCUGGGAUUCAUUACAUUCAUUAGUGCAUUUUAGUAAGCAGCUGUGUAUGGGUAUUCAUUUUUAUCCUUCAAAUCUUCUUGUUGUCUGUUUUUAGGCAGGCCAUAAGCAUCUUUGAGUCCGUGGAAAAACAAGAAACGAGAGCAAAAAGCUCAAGCGAAAUAUUCAGACUUACGUGUAUAACCUCUUACAUCCGUAUUUUGGUAACUAAAUGAGUGCCCCGCAUCUGAAGCUCUGAUUGAAGUCAGUGAAAGAUUGCUAUGCGUGUUCAGCACCUCUGAAGGUCAGGCCAGGUAUUUAGGUGCUGAAAUAUGGUUGUAAAUGGUUAAUUUUAGUAAACUAAUUUGGAAAAGUUUUGCCUAUUAAAGUGCUCAAGGUUCACUUCUUUAUCUGUAAUGGGACUGAAUAAUACUUUAUCUGUGUUCUUUCCUCAUGUGGAAAUCAAAAUGUUGAAUAUAACGAUGACAGUUACUGACAAGAACAAGUCUCCUUGAAUUUGUCAACUCCUAUCUAGCACUUCAUCUGUGGAGGUCUUUCAUGCCAUUGUUGCAUGAACAAAUUAAAUGUUUAAGUGCUGAAAUACCCAGUGUUCCCUAUUCCUUCAAGUUUGAGGCUGCUUUGAAACUGGAAAGGUGCUUGUAUCAGAGAUAAACAUCAUCAAGGAAACUUUUUAACAGAUGUGAUAUACAUGCACUCACCUCAUAGAUUCAUAGACUCUAGGACUGAAAGGGUCCUCGAGAGGUCAUCGA